UGGCAAUGGUCUCGGCGCGUCUUCAUCGCGGAGUCGGACAUUAAAAGUAGAUGAUUUCCGAGCUCUGCCUGAGCUUCUUUAAGACGGUUUGCCGUUCACCUUGGAUGUUGCCAUAGGGAAAGCGGUAGUCUUAUUGAGAACCUGUAUAGAAUCAAUCUUAUGGGUCUUAUUUCUCACCCAAGGACCCGGUAUUUCUGCCAAAGCAACCAAAGAACAAUUCAUUUCACCAGUACCAGAUCACCAACAAACUCGUCAUGACCUCUAUAUUCGAACUGCCUGAUGAUCUCCUCGCGUCGCUAAUCACGAGCUUCCCUUGUCGUGAGGCUCAGAUCAAUGCCUUAGCAACCCUCAUCCACCCUCGAAUAGCGCCGUGUCGCAACUUGGUCGUCCACGGCACCGAGGCCACAGGCAAGAGCAGUAUCGUUAGCGACCUACUUCAGACGCUCCGCGACGCCUCGUCCUCCGAUUUGAACUAUGCCAUUGUCAAAUCUGCAGAAUGUGUCACAGCUCGCCACUUCUUCGAAAGGACCGUCGGUCUCGUAGGGGACGCGCUACGGAAUGAGUCCGCCCCUGCACGCUGCGAGACGCUCGCCGCCUUGACGGCCGAGCUGACCAAGACGCUGAAAUACACCGAACAAGAUCCUCGCUCCAGAUUUGUGCUCGUAUUCGAUGGUAUUGACCGCCAGCGUGAUGCGCCGCCUACAUUACUCCCUGCUCUAGCAAGGCUAUCUGAAAUCAUCCCAAACCUAACCACGAUAUUCAUAAUAACAACACCAUCACCAUCUCUCAUGCGAAUAUGCUCGCCACCACACAUCCACUUCCCACCGUACACGAAAGCGCAAUACAUCGCGAUCCUCUCCCGCACGCCGCCCGCCUCCCUCCCAAACACGACCCAGCAAGAAACAACAGAGCUAUGGACGCGCUUCACAGCCGCCGUCCACGACUCCCUGGCCCGUCCCGCAGCGCGCACCCUCCCGCGCCUCCGACAAUGCUGCGCCACGCUCUGGCCGCGCUUCACGGCGCCCGUGGCAUCAGGCACGCACAAAGCGCGGGAAUUCAGCAAACUCCUCAUCGCCGCGCGCGCAUACUUCCAGGACGAAAGUAUUCUCGAGCCAGGGAUCCAGCGUGCGCGCAGAGACGCUCCUUUAGCGGAGAAGAAGAAAAGCAGCAGCGGCAGCGGCACGGAUCUCUCGACGCUCUUGCCGCCUACGGCGCGCCAUCUCCUUAUCGCGGCGUACCUCGCCUCGCACAAUGCGCCGCGCCACGACAACGCACUCUUCAGCACGUGGCAUGCGGGCGGGAAGAAGAGGCGGCGCGGCGGCGUAGCGGGAUCGUCCACGCCGAAUGGGACCGGACGUGGACGUAGGGCGAAACAUCGCCGUAUCGCGCGCAAGUUACUUGGUCCCGGCGUCUUCGUGCUCGAGCGCAUGGUCGCUAUCUACGUUGCCACGAGACAGGAGUGGAUUCCCGGGGCUGAGGAUGGGAAAGGAGGUGUGGAUGGCGAUGUGGGCAUGGCGAUUGCGACGCUGGCUAGUUUGAGACUACUUGUGCGUGUGGGAGGGGGUGCCGCGGGCGCGGCGGCGGGAGCUGGGGGCGGUGCUGAUUUAGAUCGUGGUGGCAAAUGGAGGGUUAAUGUUGGGUGGGAGAUCAUUCGGAGUGUAGGGAGGAGUAUGGGGGUCGAGGUUGAGGAGUGGUUGGUUGAGUAAGGGGUAGAGCCAUAGCUGAGUGAGGUAAACUUGCUUGUGGCGUGAUAUUGGCCUGCUCAGAUCGAGUAUCAAUGAAGAUAUUUGGUCACAUAUGUCACGAAGAGUUCAUUGGUGUGGUCUUGGUAAGGACAUUUAUUCCACGGAUGAUCUUCAAAGAUUGAUAGCAUGACUACUUUGUGUUAUUCUAGCUCGCUUAGCAUAUGCUUAACGGAAUCGAGAGAGUCCAGUUAAAUAAAAGAAACAACGACUAAUAAUUUUCGCGCAACAGUCCGCCAUAUUCGUAUUUUGUGAUAUUAUCCUUCCAAGAAACUACACAUUCUGCGAAACAGGAGACUCGAGAGCCAAGAC